CUCCACAGCUAUAUCCUACUGCACAAAUCUCCCAUCACUCUCUCCACUAAGCUAGAACUUGUGAAAUGUCCAGCGAUAGAGUGGAGAAACCUUUACCAGAUAUUCCUGAAGAUGAUGGUAGCAGAGAUGAUGAGAAUGACUUUGGAAAUGUUUUUGCUGAACUUGAAUCUGUGGACUUGCCCCUGGGAACCACAUUAAGAUCUGUGUACGAUGACCAGCCUAAUGCCCACAAGAGGUUUAUGGAGAAGCUUGAGGUCAGGAUCCGUAACCAUGACAGAGAGAUAGAGAAGAUGUGUAACUUCCACCACCAGGGGUUUGUGGACGCCAUCACCGAGCUGCUCAAAGUCCGUGCCGACGCAGAGAAACUGAUGGGCCAGGUUACCGACACGAACAGAAGACUGCAAGACGCCGGCAGAGAGGUGACAGCCCAAACGGAGGAGGUGAUUCGCUGUCGGAUACAGCAGAGGAACAUGACUACCACUGUGGAGAGACUACAGCUGUGUAUACCUGGUGAGAUAUAA